AUGAAGCGGUCUCCACGCAGAGUGGCAAAUUAUGUGUCAUAUCGUUUCCCUUCAUUUCCGCAAGGAUUUGUUGCCACUGUAUAUAACCACUGUGGUGUAUGUGUGCAUAUCUGUGCAGACGUAGAAAAUGGUGCGACAGUACAUCUUGUGUCAAAGUCUGCCUUGGCUGUGGCUCAUCAGCUUUCUGAAGUGCCACCAAACCCAGAUGGCAACGAUGGAAGGUGUGUACAGGACUUGGCAGGCAUUUUUGUCAACAGCGCUGUCUUUAGGGACCUUCAGCCCCGCAUUUUAGUGGAGAUGUUGAAAGACCCUCGGUGUGUGCAGUUUCUGAUGAAAAAUACGCAGCUUCAGGCUCACUUCUCAAACCCAGAACGCAUGCAGGCGCUAGUCGCCAAAAACCCGCAACUUCAAGAACUAUUAAAGGGUAACCAAGACAUCAUUCAGUUGGUGACAAACCAGGCGGUGCUCCGUGACACGGUAAAAAUGCUCCAAAACCCACCAACGCUGACAGAGUUUCAAGACAGAAGCUUGCGACGAAUUGAGGCAUGGCCUAGUUCUAAUGUUUGCUGA